AUGGGUGACCAACAACCGGCGAAAACAGCACCUCCUGACCCCACUUUAACCAGUCCACUUAGACCGACUAGCCUGGCCGUUGAGUCUGUCAGUGGAGCUGGUCAAUCAGUGUCUGCUUCUGACCUACCUUCCUACGUAGACAGUAUAACAAGCGCUCGCGAACGACGGCCAAUUAUUGUCAACUCCUCGGCUGUCUGCUCUGAUGUUGAAAUGACCCCCACUACCACUAAUCCCUCUCAGAAGCUUCUUCCCACAGUUUUUCGCUGGAAUGGUGGAGGCAACGAAAUCUACAUCAGCGGGACUUUUAAUGAUUGGCAUUCGCGUAUACCUUUGGCCCGAAAGUGA